GAACAUUUCCUGUGGCCCUUUGCAACCGUUCAAAUGAAGCUGGAGAAAGCAGCCGGAGCAUUCCCUCCUCUUCUCCCAGCCGUCCAAUCGGGGGCCAGCGAUGGAGGUUCGAUGUACGGGGCGGUUUUCAACCUCUCGACGAGCAUGGUCGGCGCCGGGAUUAUGUCGAUACCGGCCACGCUCAAGGUCCUGGGUGUGGGGCCCGCCCUUAUCCUCAUCGCCUUCAUUGCUUACACGUGUGAAGUCUCAUCGGGUUUCCUCUUGAGGCACACGCGAUCCGGCGGGUCGUCGACUUAUGCUGGCGUCAUGGCGGAAUCGUUCGGGCGAUCUGGAUCGUUGGCGCUGCAGACGUGUAUCAUGAUCAGUAACAUGGGAUGCAUGAUCAUUUAUCUGAUUAUAAUCGGGGACGUGCUUUGUGGGACCCAAUCCGAGGGAACCGUCCAUUUGGGGGUUUUGCAGGAAUGGCUUGGGGUCCACUGGUGGACCACACGAGCUUGUGUACUCCUCCUCGUAGCGCUCUUUGUUAUGCUUCCUCUCAUCUUGCUAAAACGUGUAGACUCCUUGAGGUUCACGUCUGCAAUAUCUGUUCUUCUUGCUGUGGUUUUUCUCAUUAUAAGCUCGGCCAUGGCGCUGUCGGCCCUGUUCCAAGGGACGGCGGAAAGCCCGCGAUGGCUACCGGACUUAUCCGGUGACAUCUCCUUUCUCGAUCUCUUUACUGCGGUCCCGGUCAUCGUAACGGCAUUCACCUUCCAUUUCAACGUCCAUCCCAUCCAAGCCGAGCUACUUAAUCCUUCCGACAUGACAAUGGCCGUCCGGAUUUCCUUAGUCGUAUGUUCGGCCAUCUACAUUGCCGUUGGAUUCUUCGGAUACCUCCUCUUCGGCGAAUCAACCAUGUCGGACAUACUCUCGAAUUUCGACCAUAGGUCCAGUGAUGGUCCACUGGGUCUGGUUCUCGACGACACGGUCCGGUUAAGUUAUGCAGUCCAUAUAAUGCUGGUCUAUCCUCUCCUCAAUUACUCUCUGAGGAUUAAUGUGGAUGGGCUUAUAUUUCCCAAAUCGCGUCCGUUGGCUUCGGACAUCACUCGGUUCGUUGUGCUCACGGGUUUUCUACUUGGAUUAGUCUACCUGGCGGCGAUAGUGUUCCCGAACAUAUGGUCACUCUUCCAAUUUCUUGGGUCCACAUCGACGGUCUGUGUUGCAUUCAUUUUCCCAGCUGCCAUUGUUUUAAGAGAUGUAGAUGGGACAUCAACAAGGAAGGAUAGAAUUUUUGCAGCAAUAAUGAUAAUUCUGGCUGUAAUAGCAAGUUCUCUUGCCAUCACUACCAACAUCAUCAACUUAAUUACACCCAAAACCUGAUCCCCCUUUUUCCUAUUCUGCCCUUUCUCUGUAUCAUUGAAUUUUUAAUUUUUGUGAUAAUUAUAUAAUAAUAUAGAUGAGGUGGAAAGGGUAGUUUAGUCA